UAAAAACAUCAUCUUCUUUCUACUGCUGAGCGCCGCCGCAUCAAAACCUGCAAAUACGAGAGAAUGGGAAAAAACGCGAUUCUUGAAGGGAAGAAGAUCGUUUUGAUUCCUUACAUGGAAGCUCAUGUUUCAAAGUACCACGAAUGGAUGCAAGACCCAUCUCUCCUUCAAGCCACCGGUUCGGAUCCCCUCACGCUCGACGAAGAAUACGAGAUGCAACUCACCUGGACCCAAGACCCUAACAAACAAACCUUCAUAAUUUUGGAUAGAGAGUUGAUUGAUGGAGACUUUACAAUUGGAGAUCCUCAUGUUGAAGCCAUGGUUGGGGAUGUCAAUGUAUACUUAAAUGAUUUGGAUGAUUCACACAAGGCAGAGAUAGAAAUUAUGAUUGCUGAACCUAAAAGGCGUGGAAAGGGGCUAGGAAAGGAAGCUGUUGUUAUGAUGAUGGAAUUUGCAGUCGAGAAUAUGGGAAUACAUGUUUUUAGCACUAAAAUUGGGGAUUUAAAUGAAGCUUCUAUUCAUAUGUUUCAAAAACUGGGUUUUGAAGAGGUUUCCCAUAGUCAUGUCUUCAAAGAGGUAACAAUGGAGUUACUAGUGAAGGAGAUAAAGUGCAAGGAAUUAUUAGUUGGCAACAUUAUUAGACAAAUUACUAACUAGAUCAGAUCUAAUACUAACUAAUUUAAUAUUUAUAUUCUUAUUUGAAUUGUUUUACAAAUGAUUGAUAUUUUUUUAUUCUCCUAUAUU